AUGGCCGAUGCCAAGACUGAAUCGGCCGCUAUUUCCCCCGCGGCCGUUGGAGCUCCCGUUUCCGACACAACGGCCCCGCCACCGCCGCCGGCUGACACCCCUCCAAAGGCGACACCCCCGACGAGCAUCGACAUCGACAAGAACAAGCCGAGCGAUUUUGACGGGCAACUUGCGACAACCGAUGAGAUACCCUCGGAUGCUACUCUUGCCAAGGUUGCCGAGUAUGUCCUGCUCGACAAACACGGCAAGUCGCACACCUUCCAGAGUCUCUACAACAGCCCCAACGGUGCCCGACGAGUGUUGGUAGUCUUUGUCCGCCACUUUUUUUGCGGUAACUGCCAAGAGUACAUUCGCGCUCUCGCCGAGUCGGUAUCCAGAGAAGCUCUCCUCGGACUUCCCGUCACCACAUCCAUCGUCAUCAUCGGCUGUGGUGACCCGCAGCUCAUCGAAAUGUACAUCGAGGCAACUCAGUGCCCAUUUCCCUUGUAUACCGACCCAAAGAGUAUCCUCUUUGAAGCCCUCGGCAUGGUCAAGACGCUCGCGCUCGGCGACAAGCCCGCCUAUAUGAAGAUGGGGUUCCUGAAGGGCGUCUUUACCGGCAUGAGUCAGGCGUUGAAGCAGCUGCCCCGCGGCCUCACCCUCAAGUCGGGCGACCAACGUCAGGUCGGCGGCGAGUUUCUCUUUGAGCCGCUCGACCUGGUCACGCCGCUGACGACGCCCAUGGACGGUUACAACGGCCCCGCCAUCAUGGAGGCCUUCGACCCGCGCCCCAGCCACGGUGACAGCGGGAGCCAGCUCGAGGUCAAGAAGAUUACGUGGUGCCACCGCAUGCGAAGCACCCGCGACCACGCCGAGAUUCCGGAAAUCAUGGAGCUCCUCGGCCUGGACGGCCACGGCCAACCGAUCAAGGACACGGCGCUGUGGGAAAAGACGAUCAACACUAGAAAGGGUACUGGAAUAUCCAUGGCGAGCAGAAUGAACGAAUUGACUGCUGCGCAAAACGCAGAAGCAGACAAGGCAUAG